AUGACAUCUACCACUACAUCCGAUGAUGUCUCUUUGGCUAAUGAGUUCAAGGGAGUCCAGUUGAAGAACUUACCCAGUUUAAAAGUGGUACCUAAGGCUACCUUAGAUGACCCUCUAAAGAAAAUUCUCGAGAAAGCUAUUGCUAUUCAACUGAAGACUAUCAAUACAGAAGUGUCUGUCUCGCAACUUGCGUUCGAGAACCUAAUAUUACUCGUGGAUGAAACAUUGUCCGACAUGCUAAUGAGUCUACACAAGAUUGCAAACAUUCAAAGGCGGCAUCAAAUUUCCAAAAAAGACCUACUGUUAAUAAUCGAGGGAUAUAACUUAUCUUUUGCAGAUCUCCUUGUGGAGAGCCAUAGGUCUCAAUACGCAAAGUCUCACUCUGUUGACAUAGCGCAGAAAAUUAAUGAAUCCGGUGAACUUGUUUUGCGGAAGGAAAGGACUCCACUCUCGCAAGAGGAACUGUUAAGAACUCCUAAUCCAGAAUUUUUUGUAAAAGAUACUGACAUUUUAACCCUGGUACCGCCCUCCGUGAAGAAGAUUAAGCAUGUGCCCAAAUGGCUUCCCGACUUUCCUCCCGACCACACAUAUCGAUUCACUUCACUCUACAACACUCCAAUCACAGAUGAAAGACAAAUGAAACGUAAGUUGGCUGAGGAAUCAAGUCUUUCCGAAAAAGCUUUGAUAAAUUUGUCUAAGCUUGGUACAGAGGAAUCAGCUACGCAUGUCGACAACAAUACUGAGCUUUUCAAAGAAAGCCAGCAAGACAAUGAUCUCAUCUUUGAGCCUGCUAAGAAAAAGAGAAGUGCUGUUAUUAAUGAGAUGAAUGACCUUCUGAGGACUUUACCUCAGCAAAACUAUAACGUUGAGGAAUAUGCCAGAAGUCGGCUUGACUUAGCACGUCGUAAGGUCAGCGAUUACGAAAGGAGACAGUUACAGCUUCAAAGGGGCCCUUUUAUCAGAGCAACGCACUUGUUAUCUCCAUUCUCCAAACAGCGCCUCAAUUGCAAGGUAGCAGAAAAGGAGGUAAAAAGCUUGCUGCAUCGCAGUUAUAUAGGGCUAUUAACGACUGUUCCACUUCUUAAAGAGCAGCGCAAACAACAUACUGCUUUGGCCGAGCAAAAUAGACGCGAAAGGGAGGAACAGCUGCGUAUUCAGCGGGAUGAAGGAAAUAAGCCGAGCAAGGAACUAGAAGAGCUUGACUUUAGCAACUUUAACGAGGAUCCGUUUUUUGGAGGCUUAGAAAGUAGCGAUAGUGAGCCUGAAAAUGGUACAAUCGCCCCUGCAUUGAGCGAAGAUCCCGCUAUAAGCGAUUCUCCUUCAAAAAGAGAAGUCAAGUUGCAAGAGGAACCUACUGACCUGGCGACUGCUGGCGAGAAUCCCGCGUCGAUUGGUUCAUUGGAAAGCGAAAAACAGGACGAAAACCCUUCCACCGAGGCCGACGCAGGAACGAAAGACAAACUUGAGCAUAACAGCGAAGAUCCAAGAGUAGGCGGAGAAGACCAGCCCGGGCCUGAGAGUCAUCUCAGCAAAGCAGCAGAAGUACCACAAAACAAUUUAGAGAAUUCUCCAGAUGGGUAUUUGGAGGGCCCUCAGGAUUUACUAGGCUCUACAGCUUUACGUGACGAGCAAGGUGAAGAUCGAUCUGAUUUGCCAAAGUCGAGUGAGCUGACAGCACAAAACGAAGAGGACUAG